GGACAUCUUGAAGUUGUUCUCUGAGGACGAGAUAAUCCCGUUAGUAACAGCGUUACGGCAAACUUGUAGAAGCCGGUACGCACGUCGACAUAUUGAUAUUCUAUAUGUGUUCUGAGUUUUGCGGCCGACGAUUCUUGUCGACUGGGUGUGAGUUUGUGGGUGGUGGUGGUGGUAGCAAUCGAUGAAUGUGCUGGUGGUCGAAGGACUCGAGAGCAAAUUUCAUCGUUCUUACCGCCAUUUCUCAGUCAGUGGCCAUCGGGUCCGCCCGUAGACUUCAGACUCAGACACCUUUUAUGGUAUUCGCCUUAUGUAACCCUGUUCGCUGUUCGUGUUGGCGCCCACACUCACCGGCUCCUACAACCUCGAGACUCGCUUAGAGUCUCAACCGAGCGCUUUCUUCUCUUACAAUCAUGGCUACCCAGGUCGAAACAACAAGUCUGGUGAACGGUGUCAAUGGCAUCAAUGGUAUCAAGCAGAAGAUCAAGUCCAGGAAUCAACUUCGUCGGCUCAAAGCCAAACAGAAGAAAGUGGAGAGUAAGAGUACAACACCGGAGCUCAAUGGAAAUGGAAGGGCAAACGCUGAAGUGAAGAUGGAGGAGGAUGUUCCAAUGGAUGUCGAGUACGUAUCUGAGCCAUUGGAUGUCAAAGGCCCUGCUCUCGCAUUCUCCGACGUCUUUGCUCGCUUUCAGGCUCCUCCGGAAUCAUAUUCACAGAGCGCAGGUCAAGAAGCUACAAAAGGAGAGAUCAUUUACUCUGACGAUGACAUGGCUUCAGAAGGUGACUCGGACGAAGAGGAGAAGAAACCGUUAUCCAAGAAGAAGGCUCGCAAGAUGAACCGACUCACUGUUGCCGAGCUCAAGCAACUGGUCAAGAAACCCGAAGUCGUUGAAUGGACGGACGUCACCGCAGCCGAUCCUCGUAUGCUCCUUCACCUAAAAAGCUAUCGCAACACAGUCCCUAUCCCUAGUCAUUGGAGCGCAAAGCGUGAUUACCUGCAAGGGAAGAGGGGUAUUGAAAAGCCACCCUUCCAACUUCCCUCAUAUAUCGCUGAUACUGGUAUUGCCACGAUGCGGGACGCGGUCAAGGAAAAGGAGGCGAGCAUGUCGUUGAAGCAGAAGACGCGUGAACGUGUUCAACCCAAGAUGGGUAAAGUCGAUAUUGAUUAUCAGAAACUGCACGACGCGUUCUUCAAGUUCAUGACAAAGCCUAAUGUCACAAGUUUCGGUGAAAUGUAUUAUGAAGGCAAGGAGUUCGAGACACAGUUGAAGCACAAGCGGCCUGGUGAUCUCUCUCCUGAGCUUGUCGAAGCACUCUCAAUUCCCCCACUAGCACCUCCACCAUGGCUUAUCAGCAUGCAGAGGUUUGGACCCCCGCCAAGUUAUCCUACCCUGCGAAUACCCGGUCUUAAUGCUCCUAUACCAGAAGGAGCACAAUGGGGUUUCCACCCUGGUGGAUGGGGUAAGCCACCUCUCGAUGAGUACAACCGUCCUUUGUAUGGUGAUGUUUUCGGUGUCCUUCCAAAGAGCACCGAUGCAGAUUCUGGAGAACCUGUCGAUCGUAAUCCAUGGGGUGAACUCGAGCCUGAAGAAGAGGAAGAAGAAUCCGAGGAGGAGAGCGAAGAGGAGGAAGAGGAGGCACCCGAACCAGCGCCUACUGAAGGAAUCCAAACUCCUACAGGCCUCGAGACGCCGUCAGGAAUGGCGAGUGUUGUCUCGACGGUUGCAGGUGGUUUGGAGACGCCAGAUUUCCUCGAGCUACGGAAACACGGCAGAGCACAAUCCGAAGUUUCGGAUACUGGUCCUCGAUCGUUGUAUCACGUCGUUCCCGAGAAGCAGACGGCUGUGCGGGGACUUAUGGGCAGCGAGCGAGGAUAUGAUGUCUCUGCUGUUAGUGGCGCUGGUGCGAUUCCUGUACUUGGCGAAGAACGAGGAGGAAGGGUAAGCACUACAUAUGUCCCCUCUGAUAACGAUUCAGAACUGAUCAAGGACAUUCUUUUAAUAGCGAAAAGCCAAUGGCGUGGAAAUCUCUAUCGACGCUGCCGAAUUGGAGGGUAUGUCCGAAGAAGAACUGCGCAGACGAUACGAGCAACAUGCUCGUGGUUCUGCUGGUGUACCUGGCGCCAGUGGCAGGGAAGACUUCUCGGAUAUGAUUGCCAAGGAGAUGGCGAAGAAGAAGCAAAAGGCUGAGCGAGAAAGAGACAACCGGAAAGAGAAAGAGUUCAAGUUCUGAUUUGUUGUUGGUGGUGGUUUUGCACCUACUUUGCUCUUGUUAUUCUUCUUCUACUUGUCGCUCUUUCUAUGAUCCCCUACGUUUAUCUUACAUGUACGUUGUGCUGUUGUACUGACAAAGCGGUAACAUUGCCUUUUUUUUAACGUUCAGCAUGCAUAUAGACUGAGGUAUACUGUCUCCCAUUAACAGCACUCUGAUUGCACAGAGAAAUGAUACAUAGAGUCAACGGCAUGAG